ACCAUGAUUGCCCUUUCAACUCCACGAAUCAAAACGCACCGCAGUGCACUGCACCACUAACUAACAUGACACCAUGAGUCGGCCAUUUUUAACAGCUCAUUCAUACCUCACCUUGACUUAUAAACGUCGCCUGUCUCUAUAAAACAGUUAAGUUCAGAGCUGCCAUUUGCAUUUUCGCCCUCAAUCGACUGCUUCCUUCUCUCACACCGUACAUCAAUGGCAUCUGACAACAACGACACUGCCAGAUCUGGGUGCAUCAACAAUGGCGACGCCGCCAAUCCUCUACGCAAAAUUGCCUUGAUCACGGGUAUUACCGGCCAAGACGGUUCUUAUCUAACCGAAUUCCUCCUCGACAAGGGCUACGAAGUCCACGGCUUGAUCCGUCGCUCCUCCAACUUCAAUACGCAGCGUAUCAACCACAUCUACAUCGACCCUCACAACGCCCACAAGGCCCGGAUGAAGCUCCACUAUGCCGAUCUCACCGACGCCUCUUCUCUUCGGCGUUGGCUCGACACUAUUCUCCCUGACGAGGUUUACAAUUUGGCCGCACAGUCACACGUGGCAGUCUCCUUCGAGAUCCCAGAUUACACCGCUGAUGUGGUGGCUACUGGUGCCCUCCGUUUACUUGAAGCCGUCAGAUCUCACAUUGCCGCCACGGGGAGGUCCCACAUCCGGUAUUACCAAGCUGGAUCGUCCGAAAUGUUCGGAUCGACUCCGCCUCCACAAUCCGAAACCAGCCCUUUCCAUCCUAGAUCUCCGUACGCCGCUUCCAAAUGCGCUGCGCAUUGGUACACAGUUAAUUACCGGGAAGCUUAUGGGCUCUUUGCUUGUAACGGGAUUUUGUUCAACCAUGAAUCGCCCAGGAGAGGUGAAAAUUUUGUGACUAGAAAGAUAACUCGUGCGGUGGGGAGGAUCAAGAUCGGUUUACAGAGCAAAUUGUUUUUGGGGAAUUUACAGGCAUCCAGAGAUUGGGGAUUUGCAGGUGAUUAUGUGGAGGCAAUGUGGAUGAUGUUACAGCAAGAAAAACCUGAUGAUUAUGUGGUGGCAACCGAGGAAUCACAUACUGUGGAGGAGUUUCUAGAGGUGGCAUUUGGGUAUGUGGGUUUGAAUUGGAAGGAUCACGUGGUGAUUGACAAGAGGUACUUCAGGCCAGCCGAAGUGGAUAAUUUGAAGGGGGAUUCAAGCAAGGCUAGGAAAGUGCUUGGGUGGAAACCUAAAGUGGGGUUUGAGAGGUUGGUGAAGAUGAUGGUUGAUGAAGAUAUUGAAUUGGCCAAAAGAGAGAAGGUUCUUGUUGAUGCUGGAUACAUGGAUGCCCAGCAACAGCCUUGAUUUGUUAAAUUUUCUGCUGGAUCUGUGUGUUUCUAGAGUUUCAAUCAAUAUAGUUUGAUUUUGGAGGAGAAUAUUUAUUUGGUUCAAACUGUUCUAUGUUGUUCGAGUCUCUGUAACUUCAUUCAUUCAACUUCAGGUACUUGUUUCCUGUUACUAUCAGUCUAUAUUUGCAUUUCUAACUUUUUAAGUUUUGAACGCUGAAACUCCAAUGUCAAGAGAUUAUCAGUGUCAUCCUGUGUCGGUGGCUUUCAGUUUGGAUUAUUCUAGUGUUAUAAAUUAGCCUACAUGUUGUGUUAGGGAUUCACCAUGCAUGGUUAAUGAUGCAUCCAUCCUUCUAAACACUGGGACACUAAUGAAUAAUAUCCUGAGAAGGACUUGCAGUUA